AUGAACGAUUAAACAAUUAAAAUACUUUAAAUUACAGCUUGUUCAUUGUCCUUAAUAGGAUCUCUCUUUAUAAUUGUAGUUUAUUUUAGAAUGGGAAUGAGAAAAAACUUUGCAUUAAAAUUGAUAAUGUGUUUGACAAUUAGUGAUAUCAUAUUUUCUCUUUCCAAUUUAAUGUAUAUUGAUCCAGGUAAAAGUAUUAUAUUAUAAGGAUGCACACCUAAUUAUUAAAUCCUAUGUACAACUUAAGGAUUCUUAAUUCAAUAUUCUUCAAUUGCAUGUUUCCUAUUUUGUUUUUUAUUAUGUUUAUGCAUUUUUUGGACAGUGAUUAAAAAUAGAGUUAAUUUGAGUGAAUACUAAAGACAUUUUUAAUUAAUAGGAUUUUGUGUCCCUAUUUUAUUUGCUUUAAUCCCUGUCAUAACAAAUUCUUAUAAUACCUAAAAAUAUGUUUGUGGAAUUUCAAAUGAUGAUGUAGAUUCAUAUUGUAAUGAAUAAGGUACACCAUCUAAAUUGGUAAGAAUUGAAUCAAUUUCCUUAUUCUAUGUUCCAUUAUGGUUGCUGAAUAUUGUAGGGAUAUCAUUUAUUAUUAGAGUAAGUAUUUUUAUGACAAAAUUAAGAACAUAAUCAGAAUAAAUUAAUAGAUCAAGAAGUUCUGAUUAAUAAGAAUUGUAAUUAUAUACGCAAUAAGAAUAUGAGUUAAAGUUAUCAUAAAGAAUAACAUAGAAUAUGUUAUUAUAUCCAAUAAUAAUGUUGAUUUGUUAUAGUGGAAUGACUGUAUAUGCAAUAGCAAAAUUAUGUGAUUAAGACAUUUAAGUAUUGAGAGGGAUAAGAUUUAUUAUGGCUGAUUGUUUGGGUUUGUGUAAUUCCAUAGCAUAUGGAUACAAUGCAAUCAUUAUAUUGAGACUUUAGAAAAUGAUGUCUCAAUAAUAGACUUUGCCAAUGAUGUAAUUCCGCUAAGGUUCUAAUGAUUCUGAUGUUAAUAGAAAAUAAUUUGAAUCAUUUCUUUCCAUAGCAACUAAUUAUAAUGAUUAAUGA